UAAAUAUAAAAAAUAAUACUAGCAUUUCUCUACUCGAUUUGGGAUUUUUCUAAUUUGGGCCGGGGUUCAUGGGCUUCAAAAACAUUAUCCCCAAACCCCAAACUAAACCCAAACCACUGCACCCGAACGGAAAAGCUUUAGCCACUGCCUCGCGGGCACAAAAACAACAAUCAUUCAAAGCGCACGCGUCAAGCUCCACUGGCAGUCCCAUUGAGACAAAACAACAAACAGUUGAGCUUCAUUAGCAAAAGCAUACCAAGCGAGAGCGAGAAAUGGGGCGCGGCGGCGGGCGAGGAGGCAGGGGGGCUCGCACUCAGCGAAGGCAUUUCCGACAGAACAGAGAGAACGUUUGGAAGCGUUCCAGGUCUGAUCCUUCCUCGGAGACUGACAAAAACGACGACAACAACAACAACAACAACUCCGGAAACGACAACAACAAUGGUUCAAAGUCCACUUGGGAACCUUUCGCUACUCAGAACCCUUCUUUCGACGAGUUUUAUAAGGAGCAAGGAAUUGUGUCCCCUGAAGAGUGGGACUCGUUCAUUGGAGUUCUCAGAACACCAUUGCCAGCUGCUUUCCGCAUAAACUCAAG